AUGCCCGAGGAACCGCCUCUUCUGCCUGUUGGGGCUCAAACGGAGGAGCCCCCGGUUGGAGGGCCUUCUCCCCUGCUCAAACGCUUCGUUUCCUCUUUAGGAAGCCACUGGCACCUACGAUGGAGCUGGGGACCCCAUGUCCAGCAGCAGCAGCAACAGCAGUUGCUGCGCGGGCACCGUGCGUUAAAGGCCCACAGCAGGAAGGCUGCCCUGACCAGUAGAAGUACCCUGGCUUCCAGUAACACAAUCAGCAACUGCAAGAGUGGCAGUAGCCUCGAGCUUGGGAUAUCCGGGUCGCGGCUGUCUAGCAGGGCGUCCUUGACAGCCAGCAACAGCAGCAGCAGCACGCAGCAGCACCGCCUACGAUCAUUUCCACCCCCGAGUGGGAGCCGAUACUCCCUGCCCUCCGCAGGGAAUCUUUACAUGAUAAGCGCAAGCGGGAGCAAAACCAGCAACAGCAGCCGCAUUAGCAGGAGUCAAGUGCAGCAACAGUCAGUGCCUGUUACAACUUCCUGCACGCCAACUUCAGAACCUUCGGCGCCUUGCUUCGAGACCACAUGGGAUCAGCGAGAGGACAAAGAGCAGCAGCAUCAGCAACAGGAAGGGCAGCUGCAUCAAGAAACCCAACAGCAUCACGAACAACCGGAUGAUUAUCCAGACAGCUUCAUUACUUAUGCUACUAGUGCAGCUUCACCGUUGCAACCCACUCCUACAGCGGCAGUAGGGCCGUAUGGCCUCUCUGUUACCGCUGCAGAGUACCUAGUUGGCAUCACCAGCAGCAACAACAGCAAAAAGAGCUACGCGGAGGACCUGCCGCCUGAAAUACUUGCCGCAGCUGCGAGGGCGAUGAGGGGGGCCCCAGAGGAGGUUCGCUUGGCUCGAGCUCGACUGCAGGAGAGGCAACUGCAACGGCAGCAGCAAGAAAGGCUGCAGCAAGGGCUAAAAGCCCCGCAGCAGCAACGGCGAUCCGUUAACUUCUUGGCUGCACGGUCCGCUCGGCCGCUCCGGUUUAGAGUUUACGGGUAUGCGCAGGUCAAUGGGGUUACAGUGGAGCUAAAGAACAGAGGAGAAGUUGCUGCCUCAAUUCAUAGACUGCACUGCGAAUACGGAGUUCCUCUAUGCAGGGAGUUUGGCUUUCGCAAAGAACGACUCGACGAGCUGCAGCUCCAGGGCCGCAGUAGGAAUCGCAGCAACACCGAACCCCAAGGGGGCCCCGCAACGGAAGCAGCAAACAGCAGCAGUAGCAGCACCAAGUGGUCCUACUGUAUCCGUAUUCGAAUGCGACAAUUGCAGAGGCCUCAGCAGUUGCUGCAGCUGCCGACGCAGUUGGGUAUCUUCUUUCACGAAUUGGCACAUCUUCGGUACAUGAAUCAUGGCUUGGGCUUCGCAUGUCUGCUUGCACGCAUCUUUCGAUAUGCCACGGAGCGCGGGCUAUUUGAACCCGGCUGGCUGACAGAGCUGCCGUCUCCUUGGCUCUGGGAGCGGGUCCUGUUCUACUGCGGUGGCUUCGUCACCGACACGCUGCUGCAACAGCUUCUGCUCGCAGAUCCCAAGGCUCGCGCUGCUGCUGGUACUGCGUGCAAUCUCGACGCAGCAGCAUCAACUCCACCCGCAGCAGAAGCUGCUGCUCGCGCUGAUGUUCCGCAGGCGCAUUCUGAGCAGGAGCAAAUGCAUGAUGCGGCUUCGCCAGCUGGUACGGGUGGCGAACAUUCAGCUACUCAGGUGGCACCGGUACUAACAAAUGCUGCCGCAGCGGAACCAGCACCUGUCUCUGGUGCUGCUUCUGCGGCACGCGGAAUGAAGAGUCAGCCGAGCGGCCUCACUAAGCAAGACACUGCAAAAGGCUCAACAAAGACUUUGACGGUGCAGCAACAGCAGCAACAGCAACCGGUGCAGCGGCAAAGGCGAAUCCCACCUACAGCUGCGCUCCGCCAGCGCACCAGCCGCGGAAAUGCUGGAUACGUUCAGAAGGCAACAACACGGACCAAUAGUAGCAGUAGCAGCAACAGCAACAGCACAACCACAGGGCCACAGCAGGUACUAGGGAAAGUCCUCGCGUCUGCAUACCGCAUGGCCCAACCGCGGCAGCAGCAGAGGCAGCAGGGGCUGCAACAAUCGCAACCUCAACGACUGCAACACCAGCAGCUCCUAAAGCAUCGCAGCAGCAUGAACAGCGCCUCAAGCUCCAUCGGCUGCAGCAGCACCGGGAGCAGUUUCCGUAGCGGCAAUACCAGACGACGUGGUAACCGGUCGUCGUAG